AUGUCUCGCAUCACCAGCGACGAACAGUUCCAGUUUCUGAUCAGCUGUAUCCGGUUCUCGAACGGUGGCAAGGUCGAUUUCGCCGAAGUCGCAAAGGAAUGCAACAUCGUCACCAAAGGAGCUGCCGCAAAACGCUACGAACGCCUCAUGAAAACCCACGGAAUCAACCCCAAUGGCGGCGGCCCUGCCUCGCCUGCUACCCCAUCCACGACCGCGACAACCACCGGCGACACCGACUCACCCAGCAAACCAAAAACGACCAAAGCCAAAACCGGCACGAAGCGCAAGGCGCCCGCGACUACCGCCAAGGGAUCCGGUCCCAAACGGGCGAAGAUGAAGAAUGCUAUCGUUGACAUUGCGGAAAAGCUGGUGGGGCAGAAUGGUGACCAGCAUAUCAAGGAGGAAGAUGUCGGUUCGGGUGUCGAUACGGAGACGGAGGAUGUCGGUGGGGAUGAGGCUUUGUUUAAUCGGUUUUGUAACGCGGAUGGAACUGCUGGGGAUGAUGCUUUGGUUAAGAAUGAGGAUGAUGCCUAA